AUGGCAGAAGACACAGAAUGGCACACGGUUUCAAAUCACAAACACGCUACUCACCACCCUACAUCCCCUCCUCAAAACAGGAAUAGACGCCAGUCAAAGCCAAAGAUCCACAGUCAUCAGACAGCCACCGGUUCAAACAGUGGAAAAGACAAGAAGCCUGCCAACAAAACGUCUGAAUCAGGUAAACCACAGGCCUCGAAAUCGGCCACAACCCACUCGAAAAAGCACUCUCAUGGAAAAAAGCCUCAACCCAAGCGAUCUACCUCGGUAAAGAAACCAGCAGCAUCUCGAGGUAAAAGCAAUCCGUUCCAUGCAGCUGAACAAGACGAAGAAUCUGAAGAAGAGGACGCAGAAGGACACAUUGAUCCUAUUGAUUUACCGGUUCCUCCUUACCAUACAACCACUUUUGUCACAUGUCCAUUUGAUAACUGCGAGACUCCGGCGCCCUUCUUGGAUACGACUUCGCUUGUGACACAUCUAAAGCAGGCUCACAAGCUUGUCUUUAAGAAUCUUCAUCAUAUGUAUAAUUCACUGGAUGCUUAUCUACAGCAAUGGGCAAAGGAGCUUGAGAAUAAACCACUUGAAGAAUAUGGUCAGACUGACCCCCAAGAAGAAGGCAUAUAUAUCAUUAGUCCUGAAAAGUGUAGCUUGGAUAAAGAGAUGAGAGAAAAGAUCAAUAGAACAAAGCUGAAUGAGGUCUUAAAAUUCCAACAACAUGAGCGUGAAGUAGAGUCAAAGUGCCCAAGAAAGUGUUUAUUUUGCAAGAUCGUAGGAGAAGACAGAACAUCCUUGUUCAAGCACAUGUUUUCUGAACACAACUUUAAUAUUGGCUUACCAGACAACCUUGUUUAUGUCACUGAAUUUUUGGAUACUUUAGAAGCAAAACUGUCAAAUCUUCAGUGCCUUUAUUGUGAAAAGAUCUUUACCAGUCCAGCCGUUCUUCGUAAGCACAUGAGAAAGAAGAAGCACUUCAAGGUGGCAGCCAAGAAUCGACAGUAUGAUCGAUUUUAUGUAAUCAACUACUUAGAACCAGGAAAGAAUUGGGAAAGCUUCGAGCGUGAAGCUUAUGAAAGCGAAGAUGAUGAUAAACGAGAAGAAACAUGGGAUGAUUGGGAGGAGGAUGAGCCGGAGUCGACCAUGUGUUUAUUUGAUACAACUGUGUUAUCUUGUCCAAAGGAUAUACUUGAACAUAUGAAGACUGAGCAUGAAUUUAACUUGAGUCAAAUAAGAAAAGAUAAAGGCCUUGACUUUUAUCAAACUAUUGUUCUCAUCAAUUACAUCCGUCAUCAAUCCUCACUCAACACUUGCUUUUCAUGUGGAUCCGUCUUGGAAAACCUAUCUGAUUUACCAGCACAUUUGAAAGAAAACAAAUGUAUCACCAAGUUGUCUACGGAUGCAGAGUUUUGGAAAGAUCCCAAAUAUCUCAUGCCCACAUAUGAAAAUGAUCCACUUUUGACUGGAUUUGAAGAGGACGAUAACAACUUGGAGGAAGAGGAUUUAUUAGAGAUAUCAGAGGCUGAAGCGAAUAAGAAGUUUUUACAUCAAGUAAUGGAAAAAUCGCUUUCUAUCUCUGACGAUACUAUUCUAGAUAAUAAAUAA